CAGGGCUGGCGGGCGAGGCAGCCGGGGACCGGACCGAUGUGGCGCAUGCGUGGUGCCGCCGCCAGGCGCUGGGGCUGUGGCGGCGACGGCGGCGAUGGCGACGGCGGGGGUAGCUGUGGUCGCGGCCAGGAGCGUUUGGGCCGGGCGCUCGGAGGGGCCGGCGGCGGCGGGUGCUGCUGCCGCGGCGGUUGGAGAGGCCGCGCGGGCGGCGCCCGCCAGCAGCUGGAAGAGCGGUUCGCGGACCUGGCCGCGAGCCACCAGGAGGCGAUCCGCGCUCGGGACGAGCGGGACCGGCAGAACGCGCGACUGCGCGAGGAGAACGGGCGCCUGCGGCUCGAGAACCGGCGGCUGAAGCGCGAGAACCGCAGCCUCUUCCGGCAGGCGCUGCAGCGGCAGGACGAGGAGCCGCCCGUGCGGGCCUCGCCGGCCGCGGCUGGGGGAGGGGAGCCCCAUGAGCCCGGCCUCGAGGGGGAAGGAGGAGGUGCCGAGGAGGCCCGCGGCCACUCCCGGGGCGUCGCGGCCGACUCCAAGGAACGGAGAGCUGCGGACGGCCCGGCAGAGCCCGGCAGCCCCCGGGCCCUCAGGGCCCGCCUCGAGAGGCUGGAGGCCAUGUACCGCCGGGCCCUGCUGCAGCUACACCACGAACAGCAAUGGCAGCACCGCCGGGCCCAGGCCCAGAAAGCGGAGGCGAAGGAGGAGGAGGAAGAGCGGCGGCUUCAGCUGGAGAUCAGCGCACCGGAUCCCGCAGCCCUCCUGUAGCUACGCGCCCUGGGAGCACUAGAGGCGGGGCUGCGCUUCUGACUGCAAUGGAGAGGGGCCCACCCCACCCCUUCCUUCCCCGCCUCUCAGGCCCCUCACUCUCGUAGUGGUCCGAAUGUCAGGACACUGGGAUGCCUCCUGAAAUGCAGGAGAGCUAAGCCAAAGGACACGUCCUCAGGCUUCCCACCCCGCCCCGCCCCGCCUCCUGCACUGGGUCAGGAAGGUUCCAGCCUUAAGUCUUAGGUAGGACCAAGCAGGCCUGGAGGCCCUGGCAGGAGCAACACAGGGGCUGGAGAUUGUUUGGCCUCUGCCAUGUGCCAGUGCCAGCUUUCUGUGUGAGAGCGUCAUGCCACUUGUGGUGUUUAGGGGAAGUUAUUUCCCAAAAAAAGAAAAAAAAAAAGCAAACACAAAACCAGCUAAGAGAGAACUGGAUGCCAAGUUGUGCCUCCUACUGCCCGCCCCUCCCUAGUUUUGUUGAGGACUUCUGUUUUGCCUCAUUUUGGUUCUUUGAGACUUGAAGUAACCAUUUUUUUUGGAAUGAGUUAACCUGGUCAUUGACAGAUUUUUUUCUAAGGGGUCUAGGGCCCAGCCAUUUCUUUUGAAUAUAGGCAAGGAUUAAAUAGGUGAUUUAAACUUAGAGGUUUGUUUUCUUUAAAAACCAUCUUAAUGGAAAGUAAUCCAUUCUUAGGUUAUGUUUUGGUUCAGCCUUCUAUCUGCUAGGUACUGAUUUAUUUACCCAUUUUUGCCAAUGGGGCAUCUGAAUAAGUAAAACAAGUUAAAUGAAAUAAAAUUUUGGUACACUUACUAGUAAAAGUUUCCAUGACUCUUAUUUGUAGAUUACAUUUUGUAGCACUUUAUUUUAGAUGUAAAGUAUUUUUUAUCAAUAAGUUUGCUUUAAAAAAUAUUUGUCAGGCAAUUUUUAUAACAUUCAUACUUUAGCAGCCAGGGUAGUUUAUUUUUUACUAUUAUUCAAGAACUUUUGAAAUUUUUAACUAGAUGUCAUAAAUUGACCACGAAGUAUAACUGAACAAUUAAAAUAGUGAGGUAUAUUUGAGAAGCUUAAACCACUUAGUGAAAAUUAUUUCCUCCAUAUAUUUUUAUAGUAUGUAAUAGCAACAACUUCUUAAAGUGGUUGAACUAACAAUUCAAAUCAAGAAAUUUCCUGAGUAGAUAACUUUAUGAUGACAUAGGGAGAAUAUGUAAUUAUUGUAUCUCAAAGUUUAUGUAGUAUAGACUUUAUGGUAUCUCCAUGAAUGUACAUUUUAUGCAUAAUAGCCCUUUAUUAUAAAUAGUUCAAUACAUUGUCCAUAACUAUUCUUGUUCAAAUCACCUUUCCUUUCUGAUAAAGUAUUAAAAAGAAAUUGGCAAGGAGAUAAAAACAAGGAUAAUUUUCAUCCUUCUGCUUAAGUUUCAUAAGAAUCAAACAUAGUAACAAUUUUUUUUGCCAUAUAUAGCAUAUAAAAAGAAGCAGCUUAUGUUGAAAGAACUCUAGAUUUGGUUUUAAAAAACUUGGAUUGGAAUGGAGACUACUUGUGUAAUCCUGGGGCAAGUCAGUCGUUUUAGGCCUCAGUUUUCUCACCUGAAAAAUUAGGGAAUUAGCCUAAAUGAUUUUCAGAGAAGUUAUAUAUCACAUUUGUAUACCCAUGAUAAGAAUAGUCAUAUCUUGAAGACUAGAAGAAAUAAAUCUUGAAAAAACAAGUUGCUUUUUAGGCUAGUAUAAAGUAUUACUUAACUUUUCAUUAAACUAGUAUCUUCUCAGGGACUCUUGGAUAUUACCUUAUUAAUGUAUUUUUACUUUUGUACAGGUGGAGAAAUGUGUUAAGUAAUUCAUUUAACGUCAAAGUUCAUGUUAAAAUGUGACAAAUAAUGGAAAUAUAACAAAAGACUAAUAAUUGCAGAAAAAAAAAACACACCUAGUCAUCCAAAUACUGAUACUUCUGUUUCCAAAAGAUUUUUACAGUAUAAGUAAUAGUGAUUGCUAGCAGCAAACCUACCUGGUGAUAAAGUUAUUUUGUAAAAUGUGUCCCAAAAGGCUCCCAAGCAUGGUAUAUGAAAAGAAUUUUUUUAAAAAAGAUCACUAAAAGCUAAAAUAAAAUAAAUUUGCAAACAAUGUGUAUUUAAACUUUUAAGUUUGCUAAAAAUGGGUUAAAUAUGGUAAUGUUUUAUUGUAAAAAUAUAUCUAUACCAUCUAAAGUGGAAAACAAGUUACUACAUAACUGCAAGUUAUGACACUUUUUAUGCUUUUAAUGUUUAUCAUUUCAGAUGAACUCAGAUAUCAAAUGGAAAAAAGGCUAUUAUUAAAAACCAUGAUAUGUAUGGAACAUAAAAGAAAAAAUAGUGACAUUGAUUAACAGCAUUUUCUAACUACCAUGCCUGAUCCUACUGAUCACUGAAUACUUUAACCUGCUCUGUUUUGGAACUAGACAGACUGGGGCCUCCUUAGACAAGCUGGUACCCACCUCCUACCCCCAGUUCCUGGCUUAGUACUGAAGGUUAACUAGUUUAGCCCAUGGCGACCACACAAAACUCCUCAACUUAAGUAAUCUAUCUAUUUCAACAUUCCUUGUAAUAGGAAUCACAGAUGUUGUGCCUAGUUGUUUUUAGAACAUUACAAGAUUGCCAAGUAAAUCACUGAUGCUUAGUAAUGAUACCUUGUGGCUAGUUAACCAUUAAAAGUAGAUUUCCAACAAAUUCUAGUCCAUUAUUUUCUAGUAUCUUAUUAGCCCUAAAUAUAAAAGAUAUUUCUUUGCUAAUUGCCUAUGGCUACUGCCAUUAUAAUGCACUCAUGAAAUAAUAAUACAAAGGAUAAAAAAAUUCUUUUUCUUUUCUUCUGAUGUAGAAAUGGCGAUUUUGCUUCCAGAUAACAAGACUGCUUAUAUAAAUUAGAGAAUCUCCUGGAGAAUUUGGCAAACAGACUUUGGCAAACCUUGAUAAGUGGUACAAACUUAAUUAAAAAUGAGCUUUGUAACUCCAUUUUUUCUCAUAAAAAAAAAAAACAACCAAAAAAACGAUACCUUUCAUACAUCAGGUAUACAAGUUAAAGAACACACUUGUAUUUUAUCUGCAUGUUCUGCACACUUGUAUUUUAUCUUCAUGCUCUGACUCAUAUUUAUGGCAUGAACAUUUUAUUCCCAGCAUGGAUGACAUGACAGAAGAGAGUUGAGAAGGAGAGUAAAUAAGAAAGAGAAACUAUAUUUCUACUCCAGUAUUUUUAGUUUUUGCAGUCUGGUGUUUAUUUUAUGUGAAUUUUGGGAUAUUCAGACACAUUCAUAUUCAAAUGUGAACAUAGAAAGUAUUCCAAAGUAAACUAUAAUGUUUAGAUAAUGCCGUCUUUGUAUUGGAGCAAACAUUCAAUAAUUAACUGCAUAUUAUAUACAUAGAAGUACUCUGAAAAUAACUUAAAUGCUUUUCAAGUACAAUUGGGAUUCUUAGGUAUAGCAGAAAGAAUGCUAUAUUUGAAAUCAAAAUACCUGGGCUUGAAUCCUACAUCAGAUACUACCCAAUGUAACUUUGGACAAAUCAUUUAACUUUUCUCAGCUUGGACACUAAGGUUGAAGACUAAAGGCUUUCUUUCCAAGACAGAAUUUGAUUAUCAUUCUCCUAAGGAAAUUAAAUGUGUUCCAGGUUGGCCAUAUAAAGUGAACUCAAAGGCUUAGCAACAUAUCCUUCAUUGCAAUAGGGUCCUGAAAUGGAAAAACUGGCAAAAGAGCA